ACUGGUGGUAACAAAAUAACAAAAGCGUCGAAGGUUGCAAGAGUAACGGGGCUUCUUCCAACCCCCCCCCGCCCGCCCGUCCUCGGCUUGGCUCCCCGUUUUGGGCCCUUAUGCACGGCGGAGAGCCCGUUUUUGGGUCCGGUUUGUGGAAAACCGCCGGGCGGAAGCGAAGCGCAGAAAGGAUCCGGAGCUCGCUUGUUGUUGAUCUAUCUGGAGGGAGAGGACUGGAAACCGCCUGUGUCCCAUUUCCCCGCGCCUGUGCGUGUGUUGUGUUGUGUUGUGCGCGUGUGUGUGCGCGAGAGAGGAGAGAGUGUGGGGUUGCCCCCCCCCACCCCCCCCACCCCAUCUUUGCUUCAGCCCUGGAUUCUCCAUGUUGGACCCGAUCUGAGGAGCAUCUACGCGGCUGCCUUUGCAAAGAGCUUACUCCUCGGCUUUGCAACUGAAGGAGGAUCGGGGCGGACUCCCUUCUCCAUCGCGCCCAUUCCUUCUCUUGCUUCCUCCCUCCCCCCCCCCACUCCUCCUCCUCCUCCUCCUCGGAUAUUUCCCUCCUCCGGACUAAAGGAUCCCCAGGGUCUGUGGGAUUGUUAGAUGGAAAGCCGGUCUAUCAUCACCCAAGUGCAGAGGGACGAAGCCUUGGUCUUUUCAAAACAAGUGUUGGUGUCCAAAUCCUCUCCGAAGAAGCCUCGUGGCCGGAGCAUCUUCAAGGCUCUUUUCUGUUGCCUUCGUGCACAGAAUGUGGGGCAGACGGCCUUUGGUAACAGUCAUGGGCUGCAUAAGGAAGAGACAAACACCAUUGCCAAGUCUGAUCUGUUGCAGUGUCUUCAAUACCAGUUUUAUCAGAUUCCUGGAACAUGCCUUCUCCCUGAGGUGACUCAACAAGACCAGGGUCGAAUAUGUGUGGUGAUUGACCUGGAUGAGACCUUAGUGCACAGUUCCUUCAAGCCAAUCAACAACGCUGACUUCAUUGUGCCGGUUGAGAUAGAGGGAACAACUCAUGAGGUGUAUGUGCUGAAGCGGCCAUUUGUAGAUGAAUUCCUGAGGCGAAUGGGGGAGCUGUUUGAAUGUGUGCUCUUCACUGCCAGCUUAGCUAAGUAUGCUGACCCAGUGACUGACCUUCUGGACAAGUGUGGAGUCUUCCGGGCCCGUCUCUUCCGGGAGUCGUGCGUGUUCCAUCAGGGAUGUUACGUGAAGGAUCUCAGCCGGCUGGGCCGUGAUCUGCGCAAAACCCUGAUCCUGGAUAAUUCUCCAGCAUCCUACAUCUUCCAUCCAGAGAAUGCGGUGCCGGUCCAGUCUUGGUUUGAUGAUAUGACAGACACUGAGCUGCUGAACCUGAUUCCUGUGUUUGAGGAGUUGAGUGGAGCGGAAGAUGUCUACACCAGCCUCGGCCAACUAAGGGCACCCUAACAUUUUCCUAGUGCUGUGGCCGCUGGGGAAACUACUUUUUUUUUUUCACUCUGUGCCUUCAGUAUUGGCCAGGAGGGAAAGGGAACAGUGCAAUUGCUCCCCAUCACCCUGCCACAAGGCAGAUACAAGCACUUUGGAGGCAAUAACCUGCCUGGCUGCCUUCUGUGCAAUGCCAGAGCAGUUUCUAACCAGGGUAUGGCUGGAUGCUAGAGCUUCUAGCCUUUCCACCAAGAGCAGGGACAUCCAAAAUAACCCCACCCCAUUCCCAAUAGUGCUAGUAUCUAUGCACUCCACCCCAACCUUUAGGGGAUUGAUUCCCUUCCUUCCUUCCUUCCUUCCUUCCUUCCUUCCUUCCUUCCUUCCUUCCUUCCUUCCUUCCUUCCUUCCUUCCUUCCCUCCCUCCUUCCCUCCCUCCCUCCCUCCCUCCCUCCCUCCCUCCCCAAGGCAAUGCCAAAUGUUUUGGAUGGAUUCUUUAAAAGGUACAUCCUCCUCACUUGCUUUUACAUAUUCUUGGCAGUGCUUCUUACACAGCCCCCAGGCGAAAAUAUGUGGAGACUUCUCAUCUCUUGGCUGGGAGUCAGGAUGGCCGCCUCUACGCGCUCAGAUAUUUCUGUUCUUGCCUGAUCUUCUGAUAUAAGAUCUUUCUGGGUUGUUUUGAAGUUGUUGCUUUCUUUGCCUGUUUUGCGAAGCUACCUUUGCUUCACAACCUCUGGUUCCUGGCCUCAUCGCCCUGCUGGCUUUGAGAAACCCUUCCUCUCGUGUGCGUGUGUGUGUGUGUGUGUGUGUGUGUGUGUGUGUGUGUGUGUGUGUUUUAACAUUCUGUCUUGCAGUUGUGUUUUGCCUCUGAUGAAAGGUGAGACCCCUGGACUUAGAAAAUCCUUUGCAGCAAACACCCUCCCCCCCAAACACUAGUAACACAUAGCAUUAGUGAGGAGGACAAAGCUAGCCAGCCCCACCAAUGCCACAUUCCUUAUUCGCUCAAAGAUAAAGCAUCCCUGCACUCCAGCUUUGAUCUGUUUCUUUGGGGUGGGUGGGUGAAGGAAGUGACUUCAUUGCCUUAAAGGGCACCCAGUUAAGAGGCUGCCAGGUCAUUAGGGUGCCUAUCCGCGACCCAGUUCUUUCACUGACUUUCAGUGUGUGAAUGAUUGCCUGGAAGAUGGAAGGAUUCUGAUGGUCGUCCCCUGGUGGCUUUACCUUGCUUGAUGACGCUGAAGGCAUAACUUCCCACUCAGGAUUUGCUCUAGGUUCCAUCGUUAUAAUAUUACCACCCUUGGUCCCCCUUAGAUGGUGACAAUGAGUUGGGGAAUGAAUGUUAGAAGCUAGGAGACUUCCCACGUACGCACAAGCCUGCUUCGUAUGUCAUUUGCCUUAACUGCCUCACUGCCUCUGUGCUGCAGCUGCUUGGCAGCAAGCAACUGUGCCUCUUUUGGUGUGGCCUCUCCAAUUCCCGCUCUUCCCCCCCCCCCACCAAUGCAUUCUCAAACUUGUUUCAGCUCCAAGCAACCAAAAGUAGUUGGAGAGUUUGUUAAUAUUUAUAUCGCAGGGAGUCGCCCGGUGGACAUUGGUUUCGUUCUUCCUAGGGUUAAGGUCCGUUUCCUUUCGAACUGUGCCUGACAUACUGUGAACAUGUGUUUCUCAAGUGCCACUGGGAGCAAAGGAAACCAAAUGGAUCAACAGUGCCGGCUUGCUUUUUUCUCUCCCCCCCGUCCCCCCAAACCAUCAGCAAUAUAUUGCACGAGAAUCUAAUCUGUGUUUAGCCAUUGUAGGGCUGGUAGCAAAGAGCAGGGUGGGUGAUAGAGUCCAUGAGGCUCUUUUUAAAAAUAAAAUAAAAAUGGUGCUGCCUUAUUGGUUAAGGGGUGGCGGAUAAGUUGCAGGUCAUCUCAUCACCUCAGGACCAAAGCAUUGACCUCUGCUGUUGGUCGACCAGCCAGCUAUUACCCUGACCAACACACUACUUGAUAUUUUCAUCCUUGCUUUAAGUCUGCUGAUCGGUUGUCAGUGGAGCCCUGAGACUGUCUGUGUGUGCACACUUAGUCAAACUUCAGUCAAUUCUCGAGCGGAAUGGGCCCUGCCCUCCAAUUUUUCCCUGGCUUCAUUUUUCUGGUCCUGUUUGGUCUCCCUUGCUGAAGGUCUUGAUUCCUAUGUUUGGGGGAGGGCAGGAGGGUGGGGGGGAUAGGUUUCCAAUUUCAGGCACCAACAAGGAAGUUCUUUCCCUCCCUUGCAGUUCAGCCAGCAGCUGCUUACGCACACAAGCCGUUAAAACUUUGCAAAGUUAAUGAAUGUUGGAAAGAACAAACCCUUUUUGUUUUCCCUUCCUAUUCUCACAGCUUUGUUCUUGCUUUGUAUCAGCCGAAGACCAAUUGCCUCUCUCUUCCUUCCUCCCUCUCAUGCCAGCAGCUGCCCCAGCCCUUUCUUCAAGAUGAAACAGGUUUCUAGUCCUUUGUUGGACUGAGGUUAGAUGCUGCCCCCUGAAGGGAAAAAAGAAAAAAAAAAAAAAAAACCAGUUCCCAGUAACCUUAGCCAGUAUGGUCAUAGGUGAGGGAUGCUGGGGAUUGUAGUCCACUAUGCUCUAAUCUACAUUUGCUGCAGAAAUCACUUUUUUUAAGCCUUAAAGAGGGUGGGAUUACAGAAGAAGGCAACCCAUAUAUUCUCCUCUCUAAAUUGCAGUGGGCAACA